GGCCGGGAACAGCCCUCCUCUUCAACGAAGCGGAGCGCCGAGCUCCAAUCCCGGCCGCCUGGAAAGUCCGUGAUCUCACCCGCGCACUUCCUAUUGGGUUGCUAUAUUUGGAAUCCUCCCUUCCUCUUAUAAAGAGAUUGCGGUUGUUAGCGGUUAACGUCGCUGUCGAAACUUUCGGAGGCGAGAAGGUCGAGACCCGGAUCAGAGGAGACUCCACGGUCCACGAUGGCGACUAUCCGAAAGAAGCUGGUGGCAGUGGGAGACGGCGCCUGUGGGAAGACGUGUCUGCUGAUCGUGUUCAGCAAAGACGAGUUUCCCGAGGUCUACGUGCCGACCGUCUUCGACACGUACGUGGCAGACAUCGAGGCGGACAACAAGCAAGUGCAGCUGGCCUUGUGGGACACCGCCGGUCAGGAGGACUACGACCGUCUGCGGCCGCUCUCCUACCCGGACACCGACGUCAUCCUCAUGUGCUUCUCCGUGGACAGCCCGGACUCGCUGGAAAACAUCCCGGAAAAGUGGGUGCCGGAGGUGAAGCACUUUUGCCCCAACGUUCCCAUCAUCCUAGUGGGGAACAAGAAGGAUUUACGCAACGACGAGAACGUGAAGAACGAGCUGUCGCGGCUCAAGCUGGAGCCGGUGAGGGCGGAGGAGGGCCGGGCCAUGGCCGCCAGGAUCGGAGCCUAUGACUAUCUGGAGUGCUCGGCCAAGUCCAAGGAGGGGGUCUGGGAAGUCUUCGAGAUGGCCACAAAAGCGGCGCUCCAGAAGCGGAAAUCACAGCCGGGGAACUGUCUACAAUGCUGCGUUUUAAUGUGAACAGGCAGGAAGUGGCGCGGCUUUUGUUUUGAAAGAGUCGGAAGUUUGCCACUUCAAAAACACAAGCUCAUUUUUAUUUGACCUGUACUUUUGGUUUUCAAGGAACUGGCUCUGCCUCACGCAAUGUUACUUUAAAUGGGAAAACAGAUACAAACAGCGACAACUUUGCUGACAUCCGGUUUCACUGUUUUAUCGGCUGUGCCUUUUGGAUUUCUCUCUUUUGCGGGUGAACUGAUGCGUUUCCUGACAAUGAUGCCUGUGUGACAUGAUUUUUUUGUGAAGCCAUGUGAUUGUUAAAAGUGGUGGUCCAGUGCUGGGUGGUAUUACCAAAAGCGGUGUAUUUUUAAGCGAAUAUUCUCCUCUUCGUGAGAGUUGUUUACUUAUUUUUGAAUGUAAUUUUUAAAUUAUAGUCAUGACUUGCAGGACCGGUCUUUUCACGAGGUGGAAUAAGCAACUUCCUUCUGAGAAAGUAGACCUUUUUUUAAAUGCACUUUAGCCUGCUUUGUGUUAAUAUAAUCAAGUUUAUAACCACUAGAUCCAAAACAGCUCAUACCAAACUCUGUAUUUUGCUGGUACUAAUGCUCUUGUCUUCCACAAUGACGUCGCCAAAACUUAAACUACUAAUGAAGUUUACCUAACGCCUUCGCCGACAGGGUUUUUGUAAGUAAUGAACAUCUUGUUUUCGCCAGUGUUACAGUUUACUAACUAGGUGUACCAUCCAGCACUCUGACAAACCACCCACUUUUGUUGACCUUAAACUGUGGACAUAUUGUUUUUAUUUUUUUGUGCCAAAUGUCUUCACGGUUGAAACAUGAGCACUUAAUUUUGCUCUGGAAAUGGUUACUUGUUGCACGCACGGGACACAAAUGAAGCACAUAUUUUUAAAAUAAAUUGUUUGUGUACAAAUCUGAA